CGCGCGCCCCCCGCGCCCCGCGCCGCGCCGCCGCGCCGUCCGGGCUCCGCUUGAUGGGGGUCAACGCGACCGCCGCCGCCGCCGCCGCCGCCGGGCAGCCCAAUGUCUCCUGCACGUGCAACUGCAAACGCUCUUUGUUCCAGAGCAUGGAGAUCACUGAGCUGGAGUUCGUGGAGAUCACAGUCAUCGUGGUGGUGGUGAUGGUGAUGGUGGUGGUGAUCACGUGCCUGCUGAGUCACUACAAGCUGUCCGCGCGCUCCUUCAUCGGGCGACACGGCCAGGCCCGCCGGAGAGACGAUGCCCUCUCCUCGGAAGGCUGCCUCUGGGCCUCGGAUAGCACCGUGUCCGGCAGUGGACUCCCGGAGCCGCAGCCCUACGCUCCGCCGCGGGCCCCGGACCGCCUGGCCGUGCCCACCUUCGCCCCGCGGGACCGUUUCCAGCGCUUCCAGCCCACCUACCCCUACCUGCAGCACCACAUCGACCUGCCGCCCACCAUCUCGCUGUCAGACGGGGAGGAGCCGCCGCCCUACCAGGGCCCCUGCACCCUCCAGCUGCGGGACCCCGAGCAGCAGCUGGAGCUGAACCGGGAGUCGGUGCGCGCCCCCCCCAACAGAACCGUCUUCGACUCCGACCUGAUGGACAGCGCCAUGCUGGGGGGCCCGUGCCCCCCCAGCAGCAACUCAGGCAUCAGCGCCGCGUGCUAUGGGGGUGGCGGGCGCAUGGAGGGGCCACCCCCCACCUACAGCGAGGUCAUCGGCCACUACCCGGGCUCCGCCUCCUUCCAGCACCAGCAGGGCCCCGCACCCCCCGCCUUGCUAGAAGGGUCCCGCCUGCAGCCCGCACACAUCUCCCCCGAGAGCACUGCCGGCUGGAGCAAAGAGAAGGAGAAGCAGAAGGGACAGGCGCUCUAGGCCCAGGGCUGCCGCGCUGUCUCGGCACUCGGGGGCAGGGCGGGAUGGCCCCCGCCCCCACCCCGCCUCCUGGUGGGUCAGUCUUUCCGUGUUCUGUGGGGUCUGAGCAGCGCGGCCAGGCCCCCGCCGGGCUGCUGAGCGGGCGGGCCCCGGGCCGAGACACACACGCCGCCUCCGGCCCCUCCCAGCCAUGGGCCUGGACGCCUUUCUUGGGUCUCACGAUUUCACGUAACUUUAAAGACAUAUUUGCACAAACCUUUGUUUAAAGAUCUGCAAUAUUAUAUCUAUAAAUAUAUAUAAAAUAAGAGAAAGUAUUGCGAGGGCAGGAGUAUUUUUGUAUUAGAAGAGGCCUAUUAAAGAAAAAAAUAAGCUGUUUUCUGAACUAGAGGAGAACAAAAGGCAGUUUUGAGUGCCAACUCGAAGGCGUGUAGUACCUGUAAAGAGAAAAGCGUCGCGGAGCAGGGGUUCAGAGUUAUUUAUAUAAAUGUUGAGCUUUUGCACUAUUUUUUAAUAUAAAGAUAUCAGUGCUUGUUCGCCGGAAACUUCUGUCGCUGGAGACGUUCGGGACCAGGCGGGAGGCGGCGGGGCGCUGGGCAGACCCUCCCGGGCGCGAGGAAGCGCCUUUCUCGAGUGCAGAGGAACGUGUGUCUGAGGGCGCCACUCCCUGCAGGCCAGGGUGCGGCGCCCUGGACGGCGCGAGGCGCGGUGACACCCGUGGCUGUGCCCUCACAGCGGCCUGCGGGCACCUUCCAGGAGACCUGACUCCCGGGGACCCCCAGCACCCCCUCUUCUCGCUGUGCUCUUGCUGACCCUCAGCAGGGGCCGACACAACUCCCCCACCGCUUCCUGCUCUUGGGCAUUUGGGGGUGCCCUGCUUGGGUGCUGUGCCCUCCCCCCAGUAGAUUUGGGCUGGGGAAUGUGAAGGUAGAGAACUCGGGUGCAGAGCGGAGGCACCCUGGCACCCUGGGUAGGGCCCCACCCCCCACCCCCGCUCCACGGAGGUGCCCUCACACGGCACCUCGAUGACUGCUCGGCCCCGGGUCCAGCGACCUCUCUUAUUACUUGAAAAAUAAUCCCAAGGGGAGGAGGGACCUGCUGGGAGCCCCCAAGACCCCCCAGGCCCUGCCGAGGUGGCGGGCUCGGCCCGGAAGGUACAGGGACACCGUUAGAGACGCCACCACGGCAUCUCCUCAGUGCCUUACUGGGCAGCAGGGGCUGCCCGGGCCUCGCUCUCCGGGACCCCCACUCGGGGGGGCAAAGGGCUUCUCUCCAGACUCCACCGCCCUUCCCAGGAGCGGUCUGGCUGGGUCAGGCCGCCUCUCACCCUGCAUGUCGCUCCCGGGGGUCGCACACCGGCCCCCCCUGCCCCGCCCCCGCGAGCUUGCACGAGUCCGGGGGCCCCUGGAACUGCCCGUCAUAGCUUAGCUGCAGAACCCCCGGGACGCGGGGCCGUGAGCGGGGCCUCUGCUGGCUGGGGCGCCCCAGGCUUCGUGCCCGCGGGUGGCAGUGCAGAUGGGGUGGCUCGGGGACAGCCGGCUGGUGUGCCGGGAAGCCCCCCCGAGCCGAACUGGGCUCCUCAGCUGCACCCCAGAAGCGGGGGGCACUGUGCUCGUGUGCCCACAGCGGCUUGGCGUGCUGUGUCCCUGGCGCCCCCAGUAGAGUUAGGGGGUCUUCCAAGUGGCUGGUUGGAAGGGGACCAGGUGGGGCUCAGAAGGGGGCAUGCGGCUGGAUCCCCCCAAGUGCACUACGGCACCCAGCCCCCCAGAGCGUUUCUGCGAAGAGCUGAAGGUGACCCCAGGUGGAGCGAGCGCCCACAGCGCCUCUGGGUGGCCAGCCGGGAGCUUCGUUCACGCUGACCGUCGGAACUGUCGGGGGCACGCUGGGCGCGGCCCCGGGGACGAGACCCACAGGCCUGGUGGCCCGCGUCUGUAUCCGCCGCGGGGGGCCGUGGCAGUGCUCUGCGGGCUGCAAUACUUACACAAUAAAUUUUACAACUCUUCGGAAAGAGG